AUGUCUCAGCAGCCCAAAUACCUCACCGGCGAUGCCCCCGCCAUCCAAGAAUUCCUCGACAAGUUUGACGUCUUUCUGAUUGAUUGCGAUGGUGUCCUCUGGUCCGGUGACCACCUUUUCGAUGGCAUCCGCGAGACUCUCGCCUUUCUUCGCUCAAGAGGCAAGCGCACCGUCUUCGUGACCAACAACUCGACAAAGUCCCGCCCUGACUACCACAAGAAGUUCGCCGCCCUCGACAUCCCAUCCGAGGUCGAGGACAUCUUCGGCUCCGCCUACUCCUCCGCCGUCUACGUCUCCCGCAUCCUCGAGCUGCCCGCCGGCAAGCGCAAGGUCUUCGUCAUCGGCGAGGCCGGCAUCGAGGCCGAGCUCCGCGCCGAGGGGGUCGACUUCAUCGGCGGCACGGACCCGGCCCUCCGCCGCGACAUCACGCCCGAGGACUUCGCCUCCAUCGCCGACGGCUCCGCACUCGACCCCGAGGUCGGCGUCGUCCUGGCCGGCCUCGACUUUCACAUCAACUACCUGAAGCUGUCGCUGGGCUACCAGUACCUCCGCCGCGGCGCCGUCUUCCUCGCCACCAACACGGACAGCACGCUGCCCAUGUCCCACACCUUUUUCCCCGGCGCCGGCUCCGUUUCCAUUCCGCUCGUCAACAUGACGCAGCAGCAGCCCCUGGCGCUGGGCAAGCCCUCGCAGGCCAUGAUGGACGCCAUCGAGGGCAAGUUCCACGUCAACCGCGAGCGGACGUGCAUGAUCGGCGACCGCCUCGAUACCGACAUCAAGUUCGGCAUCGAGGGCAAGCUGGGCGGCACAUUGGCCGUGCUGACGGGUGUGAACAAGAAGGAGGACUGGGAGAAGGAGGGCGCCGUCGCCGUGCCGGCUUACUACGUGGACAGCUUGGCCAGCCUGAAGCUUGAUGCCUAA